UCUGAUCCCCGAGGGGCGGGGGCCCCGCGGCGCAGGCAGUCGGGGCGCGCGGCUGCAGCGGCGGAGCCCGAGCCCGGAGCGCGAGCGGCAGCCGGAUCGCAGCCUGCGGGGCCCGCCGCAGCCAUGGGCAACCGCGGCAUGGAAGAUCUCAUCCCUCUGGUCAACCGGCUGCAGGACGCCUUCUCUGCCAUCGGCCAGAACGCGGACCUCGACCUGCCGCAGAUCGCCGUGGUGGGCGGCCAGAGCGCCGGCAAGAGCUCGGUGCUCGAGAAUUUCGUAGGCAGGGACUUCCUACCUCGAGGAUCUGGCAUUGUCACCCGACGUCCCCUGGUCUUGCAGCUGGUUAAUGCAACCACAGAAUAUGCCGAGUUCCUGCACUGCAAGGGAAAGAAAUUCACCGACUUCGAGGAGGUGCGCCUGGAGAUCGAGGCCGAGACCGACAGGGUCACUGGCACCAACAAGGGCAUCUCGCCGGUGCCUAUCAACCUCCGCGUCUACUCGCCGCACGUGCUGAACCUGACCCUGGUGGACCUGCCCGGAAUGACCAAAGUCCCGGUGGGGGACCAACCUCCCGACAUCGAGUUCCAGAUUCGGGACAUGCUUAUGCAGUUUGUCACCAAGGAGAACUGCCUCAUCCUGGCCGUGUCCCCGGCCAACUCUGACCUAGCCAACUCUGAUGCCCUCAAGGUCGCCAAGGAGGUGGACCCCCAGGGCCAGCGCACCAUUGGGGUCAUCACCAAGCUGGACCUGAUGGAUGAGGGCACAGAUGCCCGUGAUGUGCUGGAGAACAAGCUGCUCCCCCUGCGCAGAGGCUACAUUGGGGUGGUGAACCGGAGCCAGAAGGACAUUGAUGGCAAGAAGGACAUCACGGCCGCCUUAGCUGCUGAACGAAAGUUCUUCCUCUCUCAUCCAUCUUACCGCCACUUGGCUGACCGUAUGGGCACACCCUACCUACAGAAGGUCCUCAAUCAGCAACUGACGAACCACAUCCGGGACACACUGCCGGGGCUGCGGAACAAGCUGCAGAGCCAGCUGCUGUCCAUUGAGAAGGAGGUGGAGGAGUACAAGAACUUCCGCCCUGAUGACCCAGCACGCAAGACCAAGGCCCUGUUGCAGAUGGUCCAGCAAUUCGCCGUAGACUUUGAGAAGCGCAUUGAGGGCUCAGGAGAUCAGAUUGACACCUAUGAACUGUCAGGGGGAGCCCGCAUUAACCGAAUCUUCCACGAGCGAUUCCCCUUUGAGCUGGUCAAGAUGGAGUUCGAUGAGAAGGAACUCCGAAAGGAGAUCAGCUAUGCCAUCAAGAAUAUCCAUGGCAUUAGAACGGGGCUGUUUACCCCAGACAUGGCCUUUGAGACCAUUGUGAAAAAGCAGGUGAAGAAGAUCCGAGAACCGUGUCUCAAGUGUGUGGACAUGGUUAUCUCGGAGCUAAUCAGCACCGUUAGACAGUGCACCAAGAAGCUCCAGCAGUACCCACGGCUGCGGGAGGAGAUGGAGCGCAUCGUGACCACCCACAUCCGGGAGCGUGAGGGCCGCACCAAGGAGCAGGUCAUGCUUCUCAUUGAUAUUGAGCUGGCUUAUAUGAACACCAACCAUGAGGACUUCAUAGGCUUUGCCAAUGCUCAGCAGAGGAGCAACCAGAUGAACAAGAAGAAGACUUCAGGGAACCAGGAUGAGAUUCUGGUCAUCCGCAAGGGCUGGCUGACUAUCAACAAUAUUGGCAUCAUGAAAGGGGGCUCCAAGGAGUACUGGUUUGUGCUGACCGCUGAGAAUCUGUCCUGGUACAAGGAUGAUGAGGAGAAAGAGAAGAAAUACAUGCUGUCUGUGGACAACCUCAAGUUGCGGGACGUGGAAAAAGGCUUCAUGUCGAGCAAGCACAUCUUUGCCCUCUUUAACACGGAGCAGAGGAACGUCUACAAGGAUUAUCGGCAGCUGGAGCUGGCCUGUGAGACACAGGAGGAGGUAGACAGCUGGAAGGCCUCCUUCCUGCGGGCUGGCGUGUACCCGGAGCGUGUUGGGGACAAGGAGAAAGCCAGCGAGACUGAGGAGAAUGGCUCUGACAGCUUCAUGCACUCCAUGGACCCUCAGCUAGAACGGCAAGUGGAGACCAUCCGGAAUCUUGUGGACUCAUACAUGGCCAUUGUCAACAAGACUGUGCGGGACCUUAUGCCCAAGACCAUUAUGCACCUCAUGAUUAACAAUACCAAGGAGUUCAUCUUCUCGGAGCUUCUGGCCAACCUGUACUCAUGUGGGGACCAGAACACGCUGAUGGAGGAGUCGGCGGAGCAGGCACAGAGGCGCGAUGAGAUGCUGCGCAUGUACCACGCGCUGAAGGAGGCGCUCAGCAUCAUCGGCGACAUCAAUACGACCACCGUCAGCACGCCUAUGCCCCCGCCCGUGGACGACUCCUGGCUGCAGGUGCAGAGCGUACCGGCCGGACGCAGGUCGCCCACGUCCAGCCCCACGCCGCAGCGCCGAGCCCCCGCCGUGCCCCCAGCCCGGCCCGGGUCGCGGGGCCCUGCUCCUGGGCCUCCGCCUGCUGGGUCCGCCCUGGGGGGGGCGCCCCCCGUGCCCUCCAGGCCGGGGGCUUCCCCUGAUCCCUUCGGCCCUCCCCCUCAGGUGCCCUCGCGCCCCAACCGCGCCCCGCCCGGGGUCCCCAGGCAAUCAGACUCUGGGUGCCGGAGCCACGCCACGAGUGGCCGAGGGCUGGAGCCUGCCCCCGAGGGAGCGCUGAGUCCCGGAGGUGGUCGUUUCUGGGGACGGGCUGUGGGGCUCGUCCCACCUGCCCCCUUCUUUCUAGCACUUGCAUGGCGCUUCCCUCUAUUUUCACUCUUGGCGGCCGCCCACACUUUGCAUUCCUCCUCCUUUCUUCUCGCUGUCCUCCAUCCUCCAUUCCGUCCAAUUCCUCUCCCAACCCCUGGGGAGCCUACCUCAGGUCUGAGUCUAAACCCCGAUCUGCUCUGGGUGUGUGGAUUUCCUUCAGCUACCCUGAUGUCCCCACUUCCCAGUCCUGACUCCUUUGAGCCAUCCCAGGGGGUGUCCUGCCACUGGCCCACAGGAGCAGAGGCCAGGCUGUGACUGUGUGACUAGCAAGGUGUGUGAUGUGUGUGUGGGCGUGCACACGAGUGUGAGAGUGUAAGAAUGGCACCCAGGCCUGGGCUAGGACACGAGCAGGUGGGGAAGGAGCCUAGUGCCAUGGGCAAUCUGAUGGCUCCCCCCCUCACCCCCCACAGCUUCUGACACUACCCAGUCUAAACCAAUGUGCAGGGGUGGCAGCAGGGGCAGGGAUGGGAGUGACUGAAGCCUGCUUCAUUCCCAGAGAUUUCUAGGGAAAAGCUUUCUACUACAUCCUUUGGCUUGACCUUCUUGACCCAUGACCCUCUUUUAGGGAAGUUCACUUGGAUUCCCAGUCUGCUCUGUUUCCACUGGCCAGGUUCUCUAAGGAAUAACACACCAGAACCAUAGCAUCUGUUUUUGUUUCCACAUGGCUGGAGGGUAGGGCUGUGGGUCUAGCACCCAUAAACGAAAAUGAGGUAGGGAUUGGGGCUUGCCCUAUGAUGCUCUGAUGACCAAAGCAGAUGGGUAGAGGCAAGCAGCAUGAUAUUGGGUAAGAGCAUUGGACUGGGAGUCCAGAGAUGCUACUUCACCAUGGGGCUUUAGGCAAGUCCCUUUCCCUCCCAGAGCCUCAGCAUCCCUUCUAUCAAAAGAUGACCUUCUGCCUUUCUACCUGGGUGGUUGUGGGGAUCAAGGGAGACAGUGGCUAUAGGGAUCCUGUGUUAACUGUAGAUGCGACCGUAGGAGCACUUUGCUAACUGCCAACGUGAGUUCAGACUGUUCAGGGUAUUUGGUACUCAGGUCUGUGGUGUGGUGUGCCAUAUGGGAUGUAAGGUUUGAUGCCUGCUCUGACUCCAGUCUUGCUAACACAUGCAAAACAUUUGGCAAAUCAUGGACCUGCCUUGGGGAAAAGAGUAGUCUGGGAGAGCUUCUUCAAGGCAACGUGACUUCAGUGCAGUCCAAGGCAUGACUGAGAUAGGCUUAUGUGGCAAGGAAUCAGGAGAGUAUCUGGGUAAAGAGCUGCAGCGUGGGCAGAUAUGUAGUGUGGGCUGCAUCGAGGAUAGCCACUGGCCAAAGCAGAGAACAGAGACAGAAUGAGGAAGAGCUCUGUGGGGAUGGUGGGGCAUAGGGUGGAGAACCUUCAAAGUCUGAAGAGUUCGACUUGUUGGGGCUCAAUGCUGUAGGCAGUGGGGAGCCACGGAAGGCUCUUAGGUGGAGAAAUGACAGCUGGACAUUAGCAAGCAAGCCCUGUCUCCAUGAGCAGUACAAGUGGUCCUCUAAGCAUACCA